AUGAGCGACGAUAGCGAGAUCGCCUCCAUAGCCAGCAUCACGAGUGACGAUGAUGAAGACCUCUUCGAUGCUGACGAGGGUCUUGGCUCUUUGGACAACCCAAUACCCGAGGACAUGGAGAGACAACUGUCGGACAUAAAGCUGGUCAGCACGGCCCAGGAGGUUCAGGACAUUGAAGGGCCCAAGCAGGCAGUGGCCGUGUUAGAUGCUUGGGAUAAGGCCCUCGCCACUCGGAUCAAGCUGCAGCCUCUACUCGCCGACUCGGCCAGGAUGCCCCCUGCGGCAUUCAAGGAGGAUCUGCCCAGUGAUACGGGGCUCGACGAUUCUGCUGUGGAUGACGUCACCCGUUGUAUGUUGAAAAUGCAGCUCGAUGCCGCUGAGAAGAUCCCGGAGCUGCAGGAGGUCGCCCGAAGUCUGGACCCGGCCAGCUUGGGGCGUGGUGAUGAGGACGAGUGGGAGAAGUUGAUGAAGCCCAUGAACGAUGCGGUGAACUCCUUUUGUUUAUCGGUAGCAGAGGAGUGGCAGGAGAAGGCGUCUCUGGGCGGGAAGGCGACGAAAUUUAAGGCAUUCGACAGAUCCCUCGGCCGCCAGUUAGAAAGUGCUGACCAAGCCUCGAGGUGCCACCCUCGAAAGGGACAUUAUGGGCGUAGAAUCGGUGCGCGAUGGACCGAGGAGAUUGAUGAGGACGAGCCCAACGCUGCUGAUCUUGAGGUCUAUGAUGACUCUGGCUUGUACGCUCUUAUGCUGAAGGACGUGGUCAGCUCGAGAGACAACAGCGGAGCGACGGGGAGGAAACUCGAGCGGGGUGUCCAACUGCAUAAGGGAGUUGUCGAUAGGAGAGCGUCGAAGGGCCGGAAGCUCCGUUACAAGCCCAUCGAGAAGUUGGCUCACUUCAUGGCCCCUCAGGAUUUGGAUGGGCCCCAUGUCGAUACUGGGAUCCCCUCUGAGGCCUGCGAGUACGACGACGAGACCGUUGAUCAGCUCAUCAAGGGCAUGUUCGGUGGCCACUGCCAGGUUACCAUCCAAUAA